UGGAACGAUCCGCAAAGAUAUACUUGCGAAUCAGAAUGGGGCACGCGGAAAAUCUGCUACUUCAAGAACUCGAUGAGCAAUGUGGGGGCGGCAAAGUGUGGGUCAGCAGGAAAUCUGCACCCAAGAUACCUUGGUACUUUGCGACUGGUUUCUUAGUGUUUUGGGGUCUACUCUUUUUUGCCGUAGUGAUUCCAUUUUAUAAUCGGUUACCCACGGCUUUAACACUGGAGGACGCAAAUGAAAAUGUCUUCAUUGCCGAACGAGCGUACAGAAAUCUGUAUACCCUAUCGAAUAUUGGUUACAAAUUGACGGGCAGCAAAGAAAACGAGAUCGAAGCAGUACAAUUUAUUCUCAACGAGCUUGCACAAAUCAAAGAAGCUUCCCUCAAGGACUUUUUUGAUAUGGAAAUAGAUUUAUCACAGGCGUCAGGGUCUUACCCAUAUAAAACUGUGCUUAACGUGUAUCAAGGCGUUCAAAACAUUGCUGUUAAGCUCACUCCAAAGAAUAGCACCAGCCAAACCUACCUCCUCGUCAACAGUCACUUUGACUCCAAGCCAUUCACUCCGUCUGCAGGUGAUGCAGGAUUCAUGAUUGUCACAAUGUUGGAAGUUCUGCGUGUUAUUGCCACAACAAAACAGCAAUUUGAGCAUCCGAUCGUAUUUCUAUUUAAUGGAGCCGAAGAAGGUGAUAUGCAGGCAUCUCACGGAUUUAUUACUCAACACAAAUGGGCUCCAUUGUGCAAGGCUGUUCUUAAUCUGGAAGGUGUUGGUGGCGGAGCUCGAGAAAUUCUAUUUCAAAGUGGACCCAAUCAUUCAUGGCUUUUAAAAUACUACAAAAAAUACAUUAAAUAUCCAUUUGCUACGACUUUGGCUGAGGAAAUCUUCCAAUCAGGCAUCAUACCAUCGGAUUCAGACUUCACGCAGUUUAAAAAAUAUGCCAAAAUUCCGGGUUUGGAUAUGGCUCAAAUUAAUAAUGGAUACGUCUACCAUACAAAAUAUGACGUCAUUGAUGUGAUCCCUCGCGAAGCUUUGCAGAACUCGGGAGAUAAUAUACUCAGCUUGGUACAAGGUUUGGCUAAUGCUGAAGAAUUACAUGAUACAGAGGCACACACGAAUGGACACGCUGUCUUCUUCGAUUUCCUAGGUCUCUACUUCAUCCAUUACUCACAGACCACAGGGAUAUGGUUAAACUAUGGCGUUGCUGCUGCUGCCUUUAUUUUUAUUUUCAUUUCAAUGUGGCGCAUGGCAGCUGUUUCCCAUGUCUCCUUUUGCCACGUUGCUUGCUGGUUCACAUUGGUCCUUAUCGUACAGGUUAUUUCCUUUGUACUCGGACUCGCCUUUCCCUUUAUUGUUUCAAAUGUAAUGGAUAACUUGGGACUAUCGUUACCAUACUAUAGUUCGCCGAUAUUAGUCAUCGGCCUCUAUGUUUGCCCCUCACUAAUUGGCCUUAGUUUGCCAAUCACAAUCUAUUAUGCAGUACAAGGGAACAAAAAAAUCUCUACCGGCUUUCAUGUUCAACUGGCAUUACAUGGUCAAGGCGUCAUCCUGGCUUUUCUAGUCACUUGUCUCACAGUAUUUGGAGUGCGUUCAACAUAUAUUCUUUUAAUUCCACUGAUUUUCUACGUGCUAUCCUUGGCCUUCAACUUAUUGACUACUCUGCACGAUCGAGGCUAUGCCUGGACAGGUCUACUGAAGGCCAGCCAGAUAAUUCCUUUCCUUCACAGCAGCUAUAUCAUUUAUGUUCUGAUUGUGAUCCUUACUCCGAUUUGUGCUCGUUCCGGUAGCGCUUCCAAUAGGGACUUGUACAUUGCUGGCUUGGCAGCGGCAGGCACGGUUCUUUCGUUUGGUUUCCUGGUGCCUCUUAUCAAUACCUUCCGACGUCCCAGCCUUGUGGUGCUCUCUCUGUUGGCAAUCACAGCCCUCUCCAUGUACCUAGCCAGUAGCACACAAAUUGGAUUCCCAUUCCGACCAAAGACCAGCGGACAGCGUGUUGCCUAUUUGCAAGUACGCAAUAUGUUCUAUGAGUAUGAUGGAACUCUCAGCAAGGACGAGUCUGGAUACUUGUUUAAUUUCCAAGAUCGACGCGAAGAGACAACGUUCUUAGAUGCGAAAGUCAAUCUGACGGGGCUGGUCAGCAUUAAGUUGAAGUGCGACAAGUAUAUGAUGUGUGGCAUGCCUUUGUAUGACUAUCGCUAUGUUCAGAAUCGACUUCAGAGCAAGUGGCUGCCCCGUUCAAAGUCAAUCGAGCCACCAGCAGCAACAAAAUUGGAGUUGAUAAGCAAAACCACUCUGAGUGCUACGACUGUUCGUUUUGAGUUCAACUUGACAGGACCUUCCCAUAUGAGUUUGUUUAUCCAAGCCUACGAAGACGUUGAGUUAAGCAACUGGUCGUUCCUACGUAGUUAUCUGGACGAUCCACCAGCAUAUCCACUAUCAUAUCAUAUAUAUUUCACAUACGGCAUUGACAGCUCUCCUCUUAACUUCUUUUUGGAGUUCUCGAAGGCGGAUGGAGAUUUCGAUGUGCCCAUAUUCCAGCUGGGAGUUUCGGGCCAUUAUAUUGAACUAGAGGGUGACGCUGAAAGCUUGGAUUUCGCAUCCACUUUCCCAUCCUUUGGAAUUCUAGCCACGUGGCCUGUGCUAUACCAACGAUAUAUUUUUUAA